GCAGCUGCAGCCAAGGUUGAGUGGGAGGAGGCUGCGGCCGCCUUCGCUUUGGUUCCACCCACUCAGCCCUGCUCGCUCCUCGCAUCCCUUCGGAGCUCGGGAAGUAGCAGGAGGAGGGAAGAAAGCAGCAGCCUGCCCUCCGCGCGGAAGCAAAGCCGGGCGCUCCGCUUGCAAGGGCCCUUAAAGGCUGCCUGUAUCCUCCUCCCUUGCAGCGCUCGCCGCUUGGCAAGCCGAGAUGGCCGUUCCCCUGACCGACAGCGAGAAGAGGAAGCAGAUAAGCGUGCGGGGCAUCGCCGGGCUGGGGGAUGUGGCCGAGAUUCGGAAGAGCUUCAACCGGCAUCUUCAUUUCACGCUCGUCAAAGACAGGAACGUGGCCACCCCGCGGGAUUAUUAUUUCGCUUUGGCACACACUGUCAGAGAUCAUUUGGUGGGACGUUGGAUCCGGACGCAGCAGUAUUAUUAUGAGAAGGACCCCAAGCGUAUUUAUUACCUGUCUUUGGAAUUCUACAUGGGCCGAACACUUCAAAACACCAUGGUGAAUCUGGGCUUGCAGAAUGCCUGUGACGAAGCAAUUUAUCAGCUUGGACUGGACCUGGAAGAGCUGGAAGAGAUUGAGGAAGAUGCUGGCCUUGGCAAUGGAGGUCUGGGGCGUCUAGCAGCUUGCUUUCUGGAUUCUAUGGCAACACUAGGACUUGCAGCCUAUGGCUAUGGUAUCCGCUAUGAAUUUGGAAUUUUUAAUCAGAAGAUUGUUGAUGGCUGGCAGGUGGAAGAAGCUGAUGAUUGGCUACGUUAUGGCAAUCCUUGGGAAAAAGCCCGCCCAGAGUACAUGCUCCCUGUGCACUUCUAUGGCCGAGUGGAUCACACUCCGGAUGGCAUUAAAUGGGUUGAUACUCAGGUAGUGCUUGCCAUGCCUUACGACACUCCUGUUCCAGGAUACAAGAACAAUACAGUCAACACUAUGAGGCUGUGGUCUGCCAAAGCUCCCAAUGACUUCAACCUUGAAGAAUUUAAUGUUGGUGAUUAUAUCCAGGCAGUGUUGGACAGAAACUUGGCAGAAAACAUCUCCAGAGUACUGUAUCCAAACGAUAAUUUCUUUGAAGGGAAAGAGCUGCGUUUGAAACAGGAGUACUUUGUGGUAGCGGCCACUCUCCAGGAUAUCAUACGGCGAUUCAAGUCUUCCAAAUUUGGUUGUCGGGACCCCGUCAGAACCUGUUUUGAAACUUUCCCUGACAAGGUUGCCAUUCAGCUAAAUGACACCCAUCCUGCCCUUGCUAUUCCUGAGCUCAUGAGAAUUCUCAUUGAUGUUGAAAAAAUGGAGUGGGAUAAGGCCUGGGAAAUAACAAGAAGAACCUGUGCGUAUACCAACCAUACGGUGCUGCCUGAAGCUCUGGAACGCUGGCCUGUCUCUAUGUUUGAAAAACUCCUGCCAAGGCACCUGGAGAUUAUUUAUGCGAUCAACCAAAAACAUCUGGAUCAUGUGGCAGCCCUUUACCCAGGAGAUAUCGACCGUCUCCGAAGGAUGUCUGUGAUUGAGGAGGGCGACUGCAAGAGGAUCAACAUGGCUCAUCUCUGUGUUAUCGGUGCUCAUGCAGUCAACGGUGUGGCCAGGAUCCACUCAGAAAUUGUAAAGAAUUCUGUUUUCAAGGAUUUCUAUGAGUUGGAGCCAGAGAAGUUUCAGAACAAGACUAAUGGCAUUACUCCUAGGCGUUGGCUUCUGCUGUGCAACCCAGGACUCUCUGAUGUCAUUGUGGAGAGAAUUGGAGAAGAUUUCAUAACUGAUUUGAGUCUGUUGAAGAAGCUGUUGGAUUUUGUUGAUGAUGAGGCCUUUAUCAGGGAUGUAGCCAAAGUUAAACAGGAGAACAAGCUGAAGUUCUCUGCUUAUUUGGAAGAACAGUACAAGGUGAAGAUCAACCCUUCCUCUUUGUUUGACGUACAUGUCAAGAGGAUUCAUGAGUACAAGAGGCAGCUCCUCAAUUGCCUACAUAUCAUCACUCUCUAUAACCGUAUUAGAAAAGACCCCAAAAAGUCCUAUGUGCCAAGAACUGUUAUGAUUGGAGGAAAGGCUGCUCCUGGCUACCACAUGGCAAAAAUGAUUAUUAAACUGAUCACAUCCAUUGGGGAUGUUAUCAAUAAUGAUCCUUACAUAGGAGACAGACUGAAAGUCAUCUUCUUGGAGAACUACAGAGUGUCUCUUGCUGAGAAAGUGAUUCCAGCUGCAGACCUGUCUGAACAGAUCUCUACAGCUGGGACUGAGGCUUCAGGAACAGGAAAUAUGAAAUUCAUGCUGAAUGGAGCCCUCACAAUUGGGACCAUGGAUGGUGCCAAUGUGGAGAUGGCAGAGGAAGCUGGAGAAAAUAACCUCUUCAUUUUUGGCAUGCGGGUGGAGGAUGUGGAAGCAAUGGAUAAGAAAGGGUACAAUGCUAAGGAAUACUAUGAUAGGGUCCCAGAGCUCAGACAAGCUAUUGAUCAAAUUAAUAACGGCUUCUUCUCGCCAAAUGAUCCAGGUUGCUUCCGAGAUGUUGUCAACAUGCUGAAGUACCAUGACAGGUUUAAGGUGUUUGCUGAUUAUGAAGCCUAUAUCAAAUGUCAAGGGCAAGUGGACCAGUUGUUCAUGAAUCCCAGAGAGUGGACUAAAAAGGUGAUAAAGAACAUUGCAUGCUCUGGCAAGUUUUCCAGCGACAGGACAAUCACGGAGUAUGCCAGAGAAAUCUGGGGAGUGGAGCCUUCUGCUGUGAAGAUCCCCUCUCCUAACAUUCCCAGGGAGUAAUCGGCUGCAGAGGUGCACAUGAAACACCCUGGUCAGCUUGCCCCUGAGGCACUCCUGCUUCCCAACAAAUUUUCCACAGAUGAAUUCAACGUGCAUUUUACCACCCGUCAGUAGUCUCAUAUUUAUAAAAGACAUGGUGGUUACUUGAAAUGGAGAUGACUGGUGCUGUGGCUGAGAAUGGUAAUCAUGAUAGCAGAAUAAAUGGGGUGUGUGUGUGAAAUUGAUCAAAGUCCAGCUGACGAUUGGGAUGGAUGGAAGCAAGAUCUAAAGCAGUGAGCUCAAGAAAGGCAAAUCAGAUGGAGUCAUUCUCUCUGUUAAUGCUCAUAUUUAACCAAUGCAGUUUAUUUGCAUGUACUGUGUGUCAAGAUGGUACCUGAAUUUUCAGACUCUUAUGUUCGUAGCAAGUCAUCCUGCUUAGUAACUAAAUGGGAUCCUAGGUCUAUUUGGAAAGUUGGCUUGUGAGCAAGAACCUGGCUCUGGUGGGUUGAAUGAAUCAUUUUCUCUGAAUAAACAGGUGCUGCCCUUUAGAGAGAGGCGAAACAAGGGCUAGUUGGAGCCCUUCUAUGGCCCUGAGAAGUGUGUUUUGCCAGUUCCUUGUCAUAAAGAGAUUUCUGCCCUGUCUGUUGUAAACCUGUGAUGACCACAAGUUGUUGUCAAUAACCAUUGCCAUUUCACUAAGCAAUUUGCAUGCAUUGUAAUGAAUUAUUUAUCAAGAACAUUGAAAUAAAUUACUAAAUAUAUGGAAA